AUGUAUCACGCUGCUAGUUACUCCGCCAUCGCGCAGGAUUCAACCUCACGACAUGCAACUACUCCGAUGAUCACCCCAAUUCCUCCGACGACGCCAAUGAUGAAGACCGCCUCACUACCCCAUGGCCUUGGCCUAGCUCGGAUUUCACUCCGUCGUUCAGGGAAUCCCCAGAACCGCAAUUUCUCCACGCCUCCUAAGCCUCCAGCGACGCCUGACGCCCGUGGCAGAUUCGAACGGUUCAACGGCCGUCUCCCUCCCUUCCUUCGGAAAUAUACCGCGCCUCUUCUUCGCGCGCCCGUCAUGCAUAUCACGUCCUUUCUCAUACUCCAUGAAAUAACUGCGGUCGUACCUCUAUUCGGCCUGGUUGGGUUAUUCCACUAUGGCGGCUGGAUGCCAUCACUAGGGAAUGGCGAAGGGGACAGUGCAUUCGACGAGGGCGUGAGGAAGUUCGGCAAGUGGCUACGAAAGAGGGGAUGGGUGGAAAAUGAGAUGACAAAGGCAGAAGUGAUUGACGCCGUUGAACAGGAAGAAUUUUUGGGGUCCUCUGAUGUGAACACAAAUCAAGGGAUGCGUUUAAUACUAGAGUUCGCAACUGCAUACGCAGUUACCAAGGCUUUACUCCCAAUGCGGAUCAUGAUUAGUGCAUGGGCAACGCCGUGGUUCGCGAAAUGCGUGCUUGUGCCCCUCAGACGAGGUGUAGGCCGGCUUUUCGGGAAUUCGAAAAGGCGAUAA